AUGGGUCGCAGCCGAGAUCGUGAGGGUUCACUCUCAUCAACUGGUUCAGGUCGUACAGCACGAUCGAAACAAUGGGACGGUGCAGCUGGUCAUCGUAUUCAUCUAUCAGAUCUAUCUGUGGGUGUUAGUAAACAUGAAAUUGAAAAACUCUUUCGUCCAUAUGGAGAAUUAAAUGAGAUAUGGGUUGCAUCUAAUCCACCUUGUUUUUCAUUUAUCAAUUUUCGUCAUCGGUCUGACGCAGAACGAGCAAUAAAAGAGCUUGAUGGAUCAAUUUUUGCUGGUUCAAGAAUUGGUCUGAGUUGGGCUCGACCAAGACAUUAUGGUGGACGAUCGCGUAAUCGUUCGCCAUCACCUUCAUUUCGUCGUGGCUAUCGAGAUUCAUAUAGCAGUCGUCGUCGUUAUUCACGAAGUCGCUCCCGUAGUCCGUAUUACCGACGAUCCGGUGGUAGCAGUAGUCGUAGACGAACACGAUCUCCAUCUCCACGUGAUAAUCGUCGAGAUGAACGACCUAAGACAUCAAAGCGCGAACAUAAACGUCGUCGUCAUUCGUCAUCAAAUUCAGAUCGUAGUGAUAAGCGUUCACCACCACGUAGAGACAAUGGUAAAAAAGCUUCACGUUCUCCUAGUAACGAACGUCAUCGGUCAGCAACACCCAACGGCGAUACUAAUCGUCCUGCAAAGUCAGAUGACAACCGAGCUGAGAUUGAGCUUGACGAUCAAGACUGA